GACCAAUUCCAUUUCAUUUCUAUACAAGGUCCUACCGACCGCACAAGAAAUCAUCUGGCCCGCUCACAUGCUAUAGCUCGCGGACUCCAGAACAAACGAAAGCUUCGGCAAAAGGCAGGUCUCAAUUUUAACACAUUUUCUCCCGAAAAUGGCCAUAGGCAACCAAUAAGUACAAAGGAUAAGGACAGGCCGUGCACGAGUCCCAGACCUGGGGCUUCUCUUUCUCGUACCUGUGCGGUCGAUCUGCUCCGAAUGCUUGCUGCGGAAUCACCGGAACAACAGCCAUCAUUAAAUCAACAAUUUGAUCGGCAGGCUAUUCGGCCAAUGCUUAGUGUUUCGGAUGAGCUUGUACUCCGAAACUUCCACUCCGUUCUUCAGAGUGGGUCAAAUGACCACGCACUGCUGAGCGCGGUUAUGCUCACGUUUUCAUUUUCAUUCGGUGAAGAAAAUCUGAAUGGAGAAUGCCUUGGGUAUCAGAGUCAAACAAUGAGCUAUAUACGUGACAGAAUGAGUUAUCCGGAGAAGGCUACCACUGAAUCUACCUUAGGAGCCAUUCUACUACUUGCCCGAAUAGAGGCUCUCUUGGGGAUACCAAAUCAUGUUCAGCUUCACAUGAGCGCAAUAAAGGAAAUUCUCGGCGUAUGUCAAAGACUAGGUGUCUAUUUGAGCGAUGGUAUCAAACGCGCAAUCUUUUGGUCGGACUUGAAUACCUCGGUUAUGACAGGAAGUCAUCGAAUCGUUGAUCACACAACCUUCGCCGAACUCCAGUGGAAAAGAGAUCCUUUUGCUCCAACCUUCUUCAUCCUCCCUGCCGGCUUCCAAGAACACUCGGCUCUACUGGGCGAGAGCUUCUUAGAAAUACUCAGGGACAUUUUCGCAUUGCAAUGCAUCCGAGACUCUGCUUUGUUCGGCCGCGAGGACGUAAUCUCGAUGGCGCGUAUCGACAAUCACCAGGCAUCGAUACAGUCAAGACUGGUGAGCUUGCCGAAUCACUCAUCUAUCUCGGAAUGCUGCCACUUAGCGGCAUAUCUAUGCUCUGCUAUGCUGCGCUGCAAAAUUUGGCGAUGCUCAACUCUUCCAUCUUAUAUUUCAUUACAACUACUUUCCAAGAUACAGAUUACAAAUAAUGAUCCUCUAUGGGAUGUUUCGCCCGAUUUGUUAGCUUGGCUUUUGCACAUCGGUGGCGCCUUUGCUCCGGUAGGAUCCAUACGCGCAGGGUAUAUGGCACUAGUGCAUUCAAAUCACAUCAAAUUGAGGAAAUUGUAUACAUCGUGGCCGGAGCUGCUCGAAAUUCUCAAGGGAUUCAUUUGGUCGGAAAAAGCAUUUGCAUCUCAAGUUGAAUCAUUUUGGAGGGAAAGUUUCGCAACUAUGCCUUAA